AUGCAGCAGCUUUGUUCAGGUAUCAAGUAUUUACACAGUAACCUUAUCAUUCAUUGUGACUUAAAACCUGAAAAUAUUUUCUGCACAGAAAAAGAAUUAAAAAUAGGCGAUUUUGGCUUAUCAAGGAUUGUGCCUACACUUGACGCACAUAUAAAUGGUAGUUCUGGCACAACAAACUAUUAUUCUCCAGAAAUAGAAAAAGGCUGAUAUAAUAGCAAACGCGAUAUAUGGGCUCUUGGAGUUAUUUUAUAUGAAAUGUGCGAAUUUUCCCACCCAUUUGGUGCUAUCGGCUUAAUCGAUGAGAAGAAAUAUUUUUCAAAACUAAAGAAAAAAAACAUGAGGCCAUUCUUAAGAGAUUACUCGGAUGAUCUAAGAGAUAUUAUUAUAAGUUGUUUAAAUAAAGACUAUAAGCAAAGACCAGAUAUUUUUGAUAUUAUGAAAACGCUUAAUGCACAUUAUCCUAGAAGUAGGGAAGAUUUUAAUGAAGAAAAUCAUGAUGAAAGAAAUAUCUUUACUGGUUUGGAGGAAUUUAAAAUCGACACAGCUAUUUCUCCAUGCAUUUAUUAUUUGCAGCCUAAUUCGAACACAGUUUUCCAGUAUAAUACCCAAUUUGGUAGUCUUGAAAAGCAAAACUCUGAAGUGAAGUGAAAUCAUUUCGGUAGCUGAUGUGUUACAGGAUAUGACGAAGUGGUUUUUUCUGGUGGAGAAAAUUAUGGGGUCACUUGUUCAACCUAUAAAUUUUCGUUUAAAGACCAAUAA